AUGACAGAUCACCAGCCAAUACAUUUCGCGAGAACUCAUAGGUUUAAGGACACACUGGCCCUGCUUAUCGUAUUCCUAAGCUUCAACCAUUUCUUCUCAUUAUGUCUCCUUGCGUCCUUCGUCGUCGCUACAAGGUUCAAGAACUUCUUGGCACACUGCUUCAUUGUCCUGUUCUUGUCAAAGAGUCCCUCUCCAUGCAUAAGUGAAGCAACUCACUCUAGAAAACCACUGACUACUAACAGCUCGAAUUCAAAGUUGCACGCAAAGAGAAGAACAAAAUCUUUGUCCAAGAGUAUUGGCAGCGCCAAAGAUAUCUGUAACUACGGUAAGCUGAAAUGCUCAACUGAAAAUUCAAGAAAUUUCCAUUCAUUGAUAACUCUCUUAGCGGUGGAGAUCGUUGGUGCCACAGUGAUUAGGAAGUACGGGUCAGACUAUUUUGUAAGCCCAAUAGAAACAUUGGCAAUGGCCAUAGUGGCAUCCUUCCUGAUCAAUGACCCAGUAGAGUGCUUGAGUUACGCUACAGCAUGUACAGUACUGUACGCCGUGUCAAUGAAUAUAUCACGUAAAGUGGUCCCCAUGAUCUCACCUCUUUCGUUUCAUCCAGGUACAAACUUGGAAAGGAAUAUGCGUACUUUGUGCUUGAUCUGGUUGAAUGUCACAGAUACAAUGAAGACCCUUGAGUAUCAUCUGUUUUCGAAAUACGCGCGCUACAUUCGUGGUAUCAGGUUCUAUCUCUCCUUCCAUGUCGUAUUCUUCCAGUUUAGUAAAAAUACGUUUAGUCCCAACGGGAAAAAAUAUACGCUACUAAACCCACCACCAAAAUUCACUUUCCCACUAUUAAACUUUGGCGAACAAAAAGAUUUGAAAGCCUCUGAAAAUGACGUUAAAGAUUCUUCCGGUAAUCACUACAGCGAUAGCAGCUCACCAACACCUAAACAAAGUGCAAAACCAUCACCCUUCACAUCCCCAUCUGAUUCUUCAGCAGAUAUCUCUGGGAUCACGUACUCGACCCAACCCAGCAUAGCGGUCCCCUAUUUCUCCAAAAUGGUCAGAAACGUGAAAUCGUACUCACCUUUAGUGCCCCUCCCAGACAACGACUUGAAAUCCGCCUCGAACACUGCGCAACCGUUGACAAUGAACGAUACCCAAAACGUAGAUACAUUGCCCACUUCCUCGUAUUUGAACCAGCUGCAUGAUUUGACCGUCGAUUUGUCCCAAUUGGACAAGACGAGCAAGUUGACCACGGAUAUCACAGUCAUGACCAAUAUCGAAAACUUCAUUCGUGACUUGUUCAGAGGGAAAAGCAAAUAUCUGAUCCCACCGUUGUGGUCGAUGGUGGUGACUUUGAAAACUACAAAUUUCGAAAAAAGAUACGUCAAGAGCACCACAAACAACGUGAUCCCGGACCCCACAGUGGACUCUGAACUUUACUCCAUGGAAUCCAACGGUGUCACAGAGAGUGUAUUCACUAAUUCUGCGUCAAAAUCAAUGGCACUAAUUGCGCAAAGUAAAGCCAACGAUUAUAACCAACUAAACUUGGUCAAUACAAAUAGUAAUAUUUUCAACAGAGGUGAAAAUGACUACAAAGUUUGCAUCAUUGAGAUUGGGACCCACUCGCUCACAUUCCACAUUGAGAACCUGUUCGAUGGUGAGCUCAUCGUUUUAGUAAACGGACUCAUCUGGUCGGAGGUGUCCUGUGCUCUUGUGAUGGAGCACGUAGGUGAGGAGUACGUCAUUGUCAGCGGAUUGGUGCCCUCGUGCUCCUACGAUAUCCAGUUCAUAAAUAGACUUAACCACAGUCACGAUUAUUUGAUUGCUGACCUGAUAGUCAGAACCAACAGCAUCGGGAAGGGUAAGUAUAAAGUUGGUGCCGCUGAAAAUGAGUCUGAUGGGUUUGUGAAAAUGGACUUCGGGUUCCCAUCGUACUAUCACCGGAAAUUUUUAUCACCAUUACUGACUUUGAAGCAUUCUGUGCUGACUACCAAUGCGAAUCUGUCAGAGGAGAGAGCCAAAUUGAAGAAGACUAAGAAGGAGAUUAGCAAGAAGUUGGCGUCUCUAAGGCAGGAGAUCGGCCAUUUCAAGGGGAAGAUCAAGCAACACGAAUCCAAUGACGAAAAAAAUACGUCCAGAGCUGAGAACUUGAAAGUGACCAUCUCACAGAAUGAAACUGCCAUUGCGACUUUGGAAGCGCAAAUGGAGGUGUACACGAAACAGGAAAUGGAUUUGGAGGAUGAGUAUUUGAAGAGGAAAGAUUGCCAUUUGAAAAAGGAGUUGGAUUAUAGCAAACUGGAAGAAACCAGCAAACAGAACUACGAUGAGCUUGUUGAGCAAGAGGCCAAGCUCAGAAGCGAAUACCAACUUCUACUGGGAAAGAAGGAUAAACUCGAAACGAGAAAUGGCAAGCUCCAAAAGGAGGUCUUGCAAAAUAACUCGAUUGUCGAAGACUUCAAGGCAGAGUACAUCCCUCGCAAGGACCGCGAACGUACUGAAAGAAUAGAACGGAUGAUCAUGGAGGUCAACGAACUCGAACUAAACAUGAAAGCUCUUGAACAAGACGUCAGCCGGCUAGAGAGCGGGAACGAGACCAUGAAAAAUGCAAAAACCAGUUUUCAAACUUGA